AUGUACAAAUUGUUUGUCCUUGCUGCCUUCUUUGCCAUUGCUGCUGCCCGUCCUGGAUAUUUGGGUGGAUCUCAUGUCGCCUAUACUGCACCUUUGACAACCACCAUUGUCCAAGAGCCAACAUUGGCCCAUGUUGGCACGGUUGUAAAGAGCAUUCCCACCGCUGUUUCUCAUCAAUCCAUCUCUCAAGUUCAUUCCUCGGCCCAAUAUGUGCAACCUAUUGUUACUCCUGUUGUGAAGACUAUUGCCACACCUUUGGUCCACUCUUAUGGUGCCACACCUUUGGUCUCCUCUGCCUACACUAGCUAUGGCGCUGCUCCCGUAUUGAAAACUUAUGGCUCUUAUGCUCCUUCUUAUGUUGGUGCCUACGGCAGUCACGGUUGGUAA